UAUUUACAUUUUACAUUACAAUUUAUUUGAAUUUAUUUCGUCAUUAAAAAUUAUUGCAAAAUUCUCUUUGGAAGAAUAAUUUAGUUAAUAUUCAAAAAUUUAAAAUUCAUUAGAUUAAAUGUCAUUUUAUUUUAACAGAUAAAAGUAUAAGAGGUUUGUUAUCAGAAAGUUGGUUAACAGAAUGCUUCAAGUUUCUAAAUUAUAACAUAAUUAGUUGACUAAAAAGCUUUGACUUGAAAUUUUUAUUAAUUUUAAAAGAAAAUCAAAUAAAUAAUAUUUUAAUUGAAAACAAAUGAAAUGGAUCCAGAAUUACAACUUAUUCAGAUAGAAAGCCAUCUAAAAGAUCAUACAUUUAGAGAUGGAUUAACAGAUUUUUUGGCAGGUUCAUUGGGUGGUGUAUGCUCUGUUUAUGUUUCGCAACCACUUGAUACUGUAAAAGUAAAAAUGCAAGCUUUUCCAGAACUUUAUCGUGGAAUGGUUAACUGCAUGAUACAAACAUUCAAAAAUGAUGGAAUAUAUCAUGGUUUAUACGCUGGAACUUUACCUGCUGUAAUAGCGAAUGUAGCUGAAAAUUCGGUUCUUUUUGCGGCAUAUGGAGGAUGCCAAAAAAUUGUUACUAAAACUUUGGGUUAUGAAGAUCCAAAACAAUUAAAUACACUUGGAAACGCAUUAUCCGGAUUCCUAGCAGCAUUCUUCUCAACAUUUACAUUAUGUCCAACAGAAUUAGUCAAAUGUAAAUUACAAGCUUUGCAUGAGAUGGGGGGCACAAAUCAUAUAUCACCACUUUUUUUAGCAAAACAAAUUUACAAAGCAGAAGGUAUUGCGGGAUUUUAUCGUGGAUUAAUACCAACAUUUGCUAGAGAGAUGCCUGGAUAUUUUUUCUUUUUUGGAGGAUAUGAAGGCUGUCGCGAAUUAUUUAGAAAGCCUGAUCAAACGAAGAAUGAUAUUGGUCCUUUAAAAACUAUGAUAUCUGGAGCCGUUGGUGGUAUCGCAUUAUGGAUAGCAAUAUUUCCUGCUGAUGUCAUAAAAAGCCGUAUACAAAUUCAUAGUUUAAAAGUUGGUAUGAUACCUAUGGGAUUAAGUAUUGUACGUAGUGAGGGUGUAUUAGCUUUAUACAAUGGAUUACUGCCAACAGUUUUAAGAACAAUACCUGCUACUGCAACAUUAUUCUUAGUUUAUGAAUAUACAAAGAAAUUCAUUGAAACAACAUUUCCAAAGUAGCAUUUUUUUAAAAUUUUAAAUAAUAAUAUGUACCUUCAAAUAA